CUACCCAGUAACGAUUUACCGUUUAGCGAUCAGGUGAGACAGCGACAUCUCUACACAGAGAGCAGAAGACAGGGGCUAUUCCUUGAAAUAACCCCAGAGGGCACUGUCAUGGGCUCGCCACUCCUGACCAAAAACAGUGUGCUGGAGUUGCGUUCAGUGAAGGCAGGCCAGACUGUCAUUAGAGGAGUGGCUACAGCUCUUUUCCUGUGUGUCAACCACGCUGGACACCUGAGAGGACAGCAUAUGCACACACAGUUAGACUGCACCUUUCAAGAGCUCUUAUUGGCCAAUGGAUACACCCUCUUCCUCUCCCCACACACUGGACUUCCUGUGUCCCUCCCGUCAAAACUGUCUGGAGAGAGAAGAGGGCAUUCUCUGUCUCGGUUUCUCCCUGUGAGGAGUUCUCUGUGCGGGGGGGCAGGGAUAGAGGAGGAGGACCAGGGGGGUGAUCUGAGACAAAGCUGGGAGUAUAUGAAUCUGGAUUCUGACGACCCAUUUGGUGUGGGGCCGCUGGGGAACACACAGUCUCUGUUUAGUCCUGGUUUGCACAUGUAG